AUGUUAUGUGGUUAUAUUGGUAAGGACUUUGAUUGGGAUGAGUCGUUUGACAUCGACCCCAAGAACCCGCCCUACAAGGUCUUAUGUUCCUGCAUUUCGGUUGUUGAAGAUUAUGUAGAACAAGGUUGCCAUCACCCAGUGAAGCAUCCGGACCAGCUCAAGGUCUAUGUGGACGCGAGUGCUACAGGUUGGGCGUGGUACUGGCGAUCUGUGGAAGAUUCAGUCAGCAGCGGGUGUAUUUAA